CCGCCCCGCCCCCUGCGUUCCGGAAGGGCAGUGGCGGGCGGGAAGCUGAGCUGAACGGCCCGGGAAGGAUGGCGGCGCCGAGAUUGACCGAGGCGGCUGCUCAGUGGCUGCGCUGGGACAAGAAUAUUAAAACCUCAGAAAUAGUGAAGCAACUGGUUGCUGAAGAAAAUGCAGGAGAACUACAAAAAUGUUUUGGUUCACGGAUGGAGUUUGGGACAGCAGGACUCAGAGCAGCCAUGGGGGCAGGAAUUUCUCGGAUGAAUGACUUGACUGUUAUCCAGACAACUCAGGGAUUUUGCAGGUACCUUGAAAAGAACUUCAGUGACCUAAAGAAAAGAGGAGUAGUCAUUGGUUUUGAUGCUCGCGCCCAUCCUUCAAGUGGAAGUAGCAGCAAGAGGUUUGCAAGGCUUGCUGCAACAACUUUCAUCAGUCAGGGAAUUCCAGUGUACCUUUUCUCCAAUAUAACACCAACACCUUUUGUGCCCUACACAAUAACUCAUCUGAAACUUUCUGCUGGAAUUAUGAUUACUGCUUCCCAUAACCCAAAACAAGAUAAUGGUUACAAGGUUUAUUGGGAAAAUGGUGCACAGAUAACCUCACCUCAUGACAAAGGAAUCUCUCAAACUAUCGAAGAGAACCAAGAGCCAUGGCCUCAGGCUUGGGAUGACAGUCUGAUUGACAGCAGCUUGCUACUUCAUGAUCCUUAUGUCACUAUCAAUAAGGACUACUUUAAAGACAUACAAAAGCACUGCUUUCACAGGAAUAUAAACAAGGAAACAAAGCUGAAGUUCGUCCACACUUCUGUGCAUGGUGUAGGCCAUGAAUUUGUGCAGUCAGCCUUUAAGGCAUUUGACUUUAAACCUCCAUUGGCUGUUGCUGAACAGAAGGAUCCUGAUCCAGAAUUUCCAACAGUAAAGUACCCAAAUCCUGAAGAGGGUAAAGGUGUACUGACGUUAUCUUUUGCUUUGGCUGAAAAAGAAGGGGCUGGAAUUAUUUUAGCAAAUGACCCAGAUGCUGAUCGACUUCUUGUUGCAGAGAAACAAGAAAGUGGUGAGUGGAAAGUGUUUUCUGGCAAUGAGCUGGGAGCUCUUUUAGGCUGGUGGAUCUUCACUUGCUGGAAAAAUCAGAAUCAAGACCCUACUGCCAUCAAAGAUGUGUACAUGUUAUCCAGCACUGUCUCUUCCAAAAUCUUGAGAGCAAUUGCGCUGAAGGAAGGCUUUCACUUUGAGGAGACAUUGACAGGUUUCAAGUGGAUGGGAAAUAGAGCCAAGCAGCUCACGGACCAGGAGAAAACUGUUUUAUUCGCAUUUGAAGAAGCUAUAGGAUAUAUGUGCAGCCCUGUUGUCCUGGACAAAGAUGGUGUCAGUGCUGCUGUUAUAACUGCAGAGAUGUCUAGUUGGCUAGCAACCAAAAAUUUGUCUUUGUCUCAGCAGCUGAAAGCUAUCUAUGAUGAGUAUGGCUACCACAUUACUAAAGCUUCAUAUUUUAUCUGCCAUGAUCCUAAAACUAUUAAAGAGCUAUUUGAGAAUCUUAGAAAUUAUGAUGGAAAGAACACAUACCCAAAAUCAUGUGGCAAAUUUAAAGUUUCUGGAGUAAGGGAUCUAACUACUGGCUAUGAUAGCAGCCAGCCUGAUCAAAAGGCAGUGCUUCCUACCAGUAAAAGUAGCCAGAUGAUAACAUUUACUUUUGCUAAUGGAGGAGUGGCUACUAUGAGGACCAGUGGGACAGAACCAAAAAUCAAAUACUAUGCUGAACUCUGUGCGCCUCCUGGAAACAGUGACCCUGACCAGCUGAAGAAGGAAUUAGAUGAGCUGGUCAGUGCUAUCGAAGAGUAUUUCUUUCAACCAGAGAAAAAUAAACUGCAACCCAAGACAGAGUAAACAAUUAAGAUGGUCUUUGCAACAUGUUGUGGGCAGAACCCUACACUAUUUAAAAAGUAGGGAUUUGUAAGGACCAAAAAAAAAUUAUUAAAAUAUAUAUCCUUACCAGUAUGUGUUCCACAUCCUCUUUGGUCUAAUGUCUUGUCUUAUUUUAUUCGAGUAAAUCAAGGGAUUUCUUAUUAAAACUAGCAACCAAAAAUUGUCUGAUAUAGUGCAAAUAUGUUUCAAUAAUCAAGUCUUGUUCUAAUAAAAUAUUUUAUUGUACUUGCCUUGCCUUAAUUUCUGUAAAUGCAGUCUGCUUUUUACAUGUAUGUAGCCUAAUUUGAUAGCAAAGUAAUGACCAAGUUUUUGAUGAUGUGGGAACUGGAUAGUGCUGCAUGAAUGUCUAGUUUUAUUUUUGCAAGGCAGGCUACUUGUGUAACUAAGGGGCACUGGAAAUCUGUGGAUAAUUUUGGUAAAAUUGGGGUAGACCACCACACUUGGCCACCACACUUUAUUUAAUAAUGAACCAUCUGGACAUGUUUUACUGCUAUAAGACAAUAAUAAUAAUAAAGUACAGGAGUAAUGUUUAUAUACGAUACCAGUCUGUGGGAAGCUAUGUGAUGCAGUGAUGUUACAUUCACCUUACACAGAAGGAGUGAUCCCCAAGUUACAUAUUUCAGCUGGUAUUAUUUAUACAUAAUACAAGUUGUAUAUCUCUUUACAUGUCACUAAAAUCCAACCCAUCGGUUUGUCCCAGCUCCCUAACUUCUUGUUCUGUUUUAGAUACUAGCAGUCUAGGUAUUGGUCCAUGAGGGUGCCUCCCUUAGCUUGUACUAAGACAUAGAAUGAAUGUAUCUUGAUUUUGACAAGUUUCUUACAUGCUUAUGUCAAAUGUUUACAUCAGCAAAUGGAAGAAGUUAUGGGAUUAUGGUGUAGGCUGGUUUUAGGCUACAUCACUAUUACAAUAUUUGUGCUUAAUGUUCUUGGUGUUCAAUGCAUACUAAUAUAUAAAAAUAUGGAGCAGAUAAUAUGUAUUACUACAUAUAUGCUAGUCAGCAUAAAUUAGUCAGUGAAGCAGGCCAGAAUGGACAUUGGUUGUCUAUUGCCAGGGUAUCUAUGAAAAUACAUCAUCUUGCAGGCAGGGGAAGAGGAAAUGCAGUAUCUUGGGUUGGAGCUGAGCAUGCCAGCCCUGUGUCUUGUUCUCUAAAGACACUUAAUAUCAUGCUGGGGCAGAGACUGGCUUCUUGGUAUGUAUUUAUAUAGUGCAUCAUAUGAUGCAGCUCUGAUCUUUGACUGGGCCCAUAAUUACUUAUUAAAUAGUACUAAUGAUAACGAGUGGAGGGGUUUGCUAUUGACUUCAGUGAGACUUAGGAUGUUUCACGUUGUACAGAAAUUCCAUGCACAUUGCUUUUCGUUGCCCCUGUAGUUACCUUCUGAAAAUGAAACGCAAGGACAACUCUAAACUAACUUAUUGAAAACCAUGGGAGAACACACUGCAGUCUGGAAUUAUGAAUAUACUUCACUGAGGACCAUAUAAUGUGUGCUUAUUGUAAAUGCCAUAUUAAUGUUGGGGAUUGUACAACAUGCAGCCCGUGUUGGUCAAAAUGUUAGUCUGUAACUCAGCAUUCUUGUGUUUGUUUUAUUGUGCUAAAAUGUAUUUGGCAUAGUGUGAACCUGAAUUGAAUCUUGAAAGCAAAAUAUAAUUCCUUUUAAAGUGA